AUCCGGCAAUGUUCUUAUUUUGUAGCUACAGAUACAUCGGCGAUGAACUCAAUUGUUCAGUCUUAGAGUGGCCUUGAAAGGUUUAACUGCGACACUUUGGUCGACUCUUUACCAUAUCAUUAACAACGCGUAAGUAAAACGCCUAUCGGAGUAUUCAUUUUUCCAGCGUCUAUAUAAAGAAGUUUUAAUCAAUCAAAAAUGUUUCAAUCUAUUUAUAAAGGAUAAUCGGUCCGUUCGCCGGAAUUAAUCCGGAUUAAUCGCGAUCGCUUUGUUCCGCAUCGCAAGGUCCUUAUCUAUUGUACCGGUCUUUCUCAUUGUUAUAUUAAUAAUUUCGACUAUAAUGCCCAGGCGAAUUAUAAUGGACCAGCGACUCUACGAUAAGAUAACCACUGCGUAUUAUGUGUACGCAUAUAUUUCUCUAAGAAGGGGGAGUUACGGGGGUUUAUUUUGCAUAAAUACGUGAAAAUAAGCUGUUGCGGAUGAAUGACGGUACGUAAUUGAACUUUUAAUGUUUCCUGCGUAGUCGUCUACUGGUACGCUGAUGAUAACUUUGUAUUCAUUGUAUUCCUUUGUUUUACUUGCACCUUUUAUUUACAUUAAUUGCUAAUGAAUUUAACAUUUACCUAGUAAAAAUUAUUGCUUGUUUCUUAAUGACCUUCUUUAAGACCUACACACCACAAAUUUUAAUUAGAAUAAUAAACAUAAUAAUUAAAUAUGAUUAAGAUUAUAGAGUUGGGCAUAUAAUUGAGAUACUAAUUAUUCUCAAAUCAAUAAAUAAACACUUUUCUGGAAAUAAAAAAAAUAUGCAAAAUAGAUAAAUUGUAAUGAAACAAUAAUAAACGUACAGGCCUAUAUUUUUCUACCGAAUUAAUAACAGUAGCAAUUUAUUUUGAAAUAUAAAACAUAAAUUUCCAUGGGAAUUUUUAACGCACCUCUCGAUAUUGACGUAUCUCGGGCACUUGCGUCAAAAAAUUCGAAACAGCAGUUUUUAUUCUCCUAAAAUUUCUCGUGGUUAUCCUUUUUUAAUUUUCAUCAAAAUCAAUAAAUAUGGAUCGGUCAAAGGAUUUCGAGAACAAUGACCUCUGUACUCCGCAACCCGAUCCGAGAUUUCACAACCAGAAUGUAACAGCUUGGUGUUACUCUUCUUUCGUUGACCAUAAAAAGUGCACGAGGCUUUUAGGGGAAGGGCGCGAGUGUUGCAAACAGUUCGAGAAAAUCUACCGCUCGAUCUGCCCCAGCUCAUGGACCGAACGGUGGGAAGAACAGAUUAAAAUCGGUACUUUCCCGGCCGAUUUGCCGGAACCAUGUAACGGAAAAUAAAACUCUUAGAUUUCUCCAAUACAGACCUGGAUUACGCAGAAGUCCGUUUUUAAUUUAUGAUAAUAUCGCCAACAAAAAAGGUUCCCAUCUCGAGAACACAGCACGGAACACUUUACUUCUUGAACUUUUGGAAUUGGUCGCCUAAUUGUACAGACUUUCUACCACUGAAGUGGUAAAAUUACGCGUAUGCUUGAACGUCUUUAAAAAAGUUUACGAGAAACCAAAUGAAAUUUUUCGAAAGAAAAUUUACUCUAUCUUUCUAUCUUUUAACAGCUCGGAAUGCGUUUACAAUUUAAGCAACUGUGUAAUUUUUAAGUCACAGACCGACACACAUUCGAUGCAGCGACAUCUUAAUGUCACGUUAUGAAUUUAACAUGAAAGGCAAUCACUGCAAAAAGCAUUCGAUAUUUUAUGGGCUUUGUGAUUUGAUUGAUCCAACCAUUUUUAUUGGUUUCGAAUAUUUUAAUUGAUAAGAACACAACAUCCUCUUUCAGACUGGUAUAAGAUUAAAACCCGAAGCAGUAAGUCGAAAAAAUUAAAGUAGAUAUACCUUCGCUUUCGCUCUGCUAAAUCAUGACCAAAAGUACAGUGGUCGGCUGGCUGCUGCUAUAAAACCCCUAACAUUGAUUGUUUGUUUGAGAAAACGACUGACUUCCGAUGAAAAAGUUGUAUUAGAGGUUACGAUACUGGGGCCGACUGUAUAGUCGAGGUUAAGUUAUUUCUGUUGUAAAAAAAGAAAAUUAGACACA